UUCAAAAAUCACAUCGGAAUUUUUCAAAAUUGUAAAAUAUACUAAUUUGCAUGUCUAGUUAUUCGAUUUAAUGCAAUUUAUUAUAUGAUUUCAAUCAUGAAGUGAAAAAAAUUAAAAACCAUUCCCCCAUGCCUCCGCCGCAGCGCAAAUGCAGAAAACGGUCCGCGGGAUGGAAAAAUGUGUUGGACGUUUUGCCCGCUCUGUGUUUGUCCGCCGUUACUUACGGUUUGUUGAAAUUCCCAGUACAACGACAACUGGGAUCGGACCGAGACUAUUAUUAUAUAGAUGAAGAAUUUCACGUGCCCCAAGCUCGACAUUAUUGUUUGGGCGAUUUCCAAAAAUGGGAUCCGAAAAUAACAACGUUGCCUGGCCUUUACUUGUUGUCGGCCGCUCUGAUAGUUCCAAGCGUGUGGCUAAAUCGUACUCUAUUAUCGUUGGUAGGACUUUUCUACGAAAACUCCAACAAGGACAUCAUCAACCCUUGUACGUUAAUGACUCUGCGUGCUGUAAAUGCAAUCGGAGCGCCGGCAUGUUUAUACUUGAGUUAUCGUCGUUGUCUUCGAUUGUUGUUACAAAAAAGAAACGGACAAAGUGUAAUUUCGGAGUGGACGAUAAUGUUUUUGGCGAUGAGCGUAGCUAUAUUUCCAGUUAUUUAUGCUCCGUACUCUUUUCUUUAUUACACAGACGCCUGGGCUACGGCCUCGGUUUUCCUGUGGUACUCGUUUCACUUGGACAAAUCGUCCAGUUUCUGGUUAAAGAUAGUUUUGGCCAUGUUUUCCGUGUUGUGCCGCCAAACCAACAUAGCGUGGAUCGUAUUCUCUACUAUUGUGGACGUGUGCCGUUGCGCUGAACAAGUAUACCCUCCGAUACAAAAUAGCGCAUCCAUAACUUUCUAUAUUUGGACUUGUAUUACGCAGAUUUUCUAUUUUACGUGGAAAAAAAAGAAUGGCUCUAGAAAAUGGUCGACGCUUAUUAGAACCUGUUGGCACGAGUCAAAAUCAAAUAUCGUAGUCAUCGGUUUGUUUGGCUGUUUCGUUAUUUUUAUCAACGGAGGCGAUGUGGUCGUCGGCGAUCGAAAAGCCCAUACACCAAGCGUACAUCCGAUGCAGCUGUGCUACUUUGUGGGCUUCACGUUAGUUUUUUCUGUACCUCGAUUGCUAUUGACGUUUUAUAACCGUAUUAAAAAUUCCAAAAACCGACUGAAAACCAUUUGGUUGUUUAACGAUAAUAUGCGUAUUGACGAAAUGCCCAAAACGACAUUCAUAGCUCUUGCAGGAGUGUCGACCGCUUUGGUUUACUCAAACACCAUAGCUCACCCUUACUUGUUAGCCGAUAACAGACACUACACGUUCUACGCUUGGCGAUUACUAUUUGGACCCAGCAAACCCGUAUGGUUAAGGUAUUUACCUGUGCCGCUGUACGCCUACGGGCUGUACACUGUGGACUCGACAUUGACGCGAUUGUCGCCGGCUUAUAAAUUGGCGUACUGGACAUCGACUUCAGUCGUCCUCUGUGCUCAGUUCCUCUUGGAGCCACGUUACUUUGUAGUUCCAUAUCUUGUGUAUCGAUUGUAUACCGAUGGCAAUGAAUACAACAACAUUACGUGUAAAAUGGCCGUCUUUGAGUUUGUCAUGUAUUCGUGUUUAAAUUUAAUUAUCAUGUCGAUAUUUUUGUACCGUCCUUUUACAUCGACCAUGGACGAUUCUGGCCGUUUAGAUAGAUUUACCUGGUAGAAACAAAAUUCGUGUUUAAAUAUUUAUAAAACCAUACAUUUUAUUUAUAUUAUAAUACUAAAUUAUUAUUGUUGCAAAAUAAAAUAUUUUUUUACCAUGU